ACUGCGGCUCUACAUCCUAAAGCCCUAACCCUCUGAUUUUCAGGUCCCAACUCAGCUUGUCCUGUGACGUCUCACAGCCCUGGGGAUAUUUUGCUUUAAAAAACCGACCUUCAUUCCUACUAUUACCAAGCUCUCGAUACCCCUUAAUCCUAAUAAUCUCCCUCGCUGGGUAACCACCCAGAACAAUGUCUACAACACUAUUUGCGAACUCGUCGGUGAUGGACCUGGUUGAUUUCGACCAGAAGAGUUUGCUAGGUGAGUAGUUGAUUUUCCAGUCAUUCUUCCGCACUAAGCAGUAACCAAUUCAAUUGACGAGAAUAAAUAGUUGCGGCGGGUUCAAUUGCUUUUAAUCCUAUUUUCUGGAAGUAUGAUCCAUUUUUCUUUUCCUUUGCUCGAUCAGACCGGCCGUUGACGGGGGAACACAGUGUCGUCGCCCGACAAGAGUACCACAACAAGGUUCUAACCAAACUCUUUGGAGGCAAUUCCCGCUACGGCUGCUACUUCCUUGCAGCUGUGAUCUUUGGAAUUGGGAUCUUUAGGGACUUUCUUUACGAGCAGGCAUUGCGGCAGCAGCCAUCGUUGGAGGCUCUCCAGACUGAUGCCGUGAAGCUUGCGGCGGCGGCAUUGUUCUUUUGCGGGAAUGUUUUAGUUCUGACGUCCAUGUGGGCGUUGGGGUUUACGGGGACUUAUCUUGGUUUGUCUCUUUUCCCCUUUCUUCCCUUUUGCUUUCUGUUGAGGGAGAGACCUACGGUGCGCUAACGAUGAGGAUGGGGUCGGCAAAGGUGACUACUUUGGCAUUCUGAUGGAUCACCGCGUAACCAGCUUUCCGUUCAACGUUACGGAUGCACCGAUGUACUAUGGGUCUACCCUCGCGUUUUUGGGAAGUGCGCUCUGGUAAGUAAUAGUGCCAAAUUCUCCCCUCACUCCCGUAUCACGCUCGUCUUUGCUGAUCAGGUUGCCAAACUCCCCAGGUUCGCAAAACCCGCCGGUCUCCUCCUGACGGUCGAGGUGUUCGUCAUUUAUAAGAUCGCCCUCAUGUUUGAGGAGUACGCCAUUCCUCCCUCCCCUGUCGUCCCUGCACCCAAUUUUUCUUUUAUGAAUCGUGAUCGUGCAUGGAUAAACGGUGACUGA